ACGAUUAUGAACCAAGAGAAACUUGCCAAGCAGCAAGCACAAGUGUGCAUUGAUGGGAAAGGAACUGCUUGGAGAAAGAAGAAGGUGUUUCAUAGAACAGCUACAGCAGAUGAUAAGAAACUUCAGUUUUCCUUAAAGAAGCUAGGAGCAAACAAUAUUUCUGGUAUUGAAGAGGUGAAUAUGUUUACCAACCAGGGAACAGUGAUCCACUUUUAUAAUCCUGAAGUUCAGGCAUCAUUGGCAGCAAACACUUUCAUUACUACAGGCCAUGAUGAGACAAAGCAGCUAACAGAAAUACUCCCCAGCAUCUUAAACCAGGUAGGAGCUGACAGUCUAACUGGUUUAAGAAGACUGGCAGAGGCUCUGCCCAAACAACCUGUUGAUGGAAAAGCACCACUUGCCACUGGGGAGGAUUAUGAUGGUGAAGUUCCAGAUCUCCUUGAGAAUUUUAAUGAGGCUUCUAAGAACGAGGUCACCUGA